ACCAACGAUUUCGACAUGACGAGUUAUUUUCAGCUCACAAAAAACCAUUUGCCAUUUAUGGGGUCAUGAUGCAUACAACCUCUAUAUUCCAUGAUGCUCGCCCUCAGAUUCAAAAGUGCGGGGAAAGAACAUCCGACAGCCAAGGGAUGCACGGAACUUAUUCACAUAUUUUCCCGGCACAUGAUUCACCAUUUUGACAACCCACUCAAGCUCAACCUAUGGGUAUGAUUUCUAGGGUCAACCAUUUUACAACAACGACGAAUGUAUACCAAAAUCAUGAUGCCAGCAUGGGUUUCAAGGGACUCCGGAGAGCAUCGCCGUGUUCGUCACUGCAUCAACUAUACAUCGAAUCUCAGCGCGGGAAUCGCGGAGAUAGGUACACACCAACGUUACGCCGCGUCAAGAGUUUCUACAAUCCUCCCGAAGACUUUGCGCUUGUUUUCGCAAUGUCAGUUUCGACUCAUGAAGAUUCCAUGGUUGAGGUGGAAAUCGAUACCUCCAAUUUUGUUAUCACUAUUGAAGUACCAAUGCGAAUGCAUAGUCCCUAUACGCCAGUGCAAACAGGAAAGACAUUGGAAAAGGAGGAAUUGGAGUGUCCGGAAUGUGAUCAGGAAUUCAUGGGCGAGUAUGGAGUGAGGGAUUUGGCGUGGCAUUUCAAUAAUGUUCAUUGGAAGAGGAGGUUGGGAGGAAAGAUUGUUUGAGUAUUGGGUAGGGGAAAUGGAAAAAGAGACUGGAAUCAAGUAACCGGAGUUCGGCAUUCCAGAAUUUCGUGGGCAUAUAUAUCAGCACUGAUUUUUAGUGGUUACCUAUCUGUCGAUAUUCGAAAGCCUGGUUUUCAGGAUCUAAUUCCUGCCGCGGGCACACAGAGCACGAGUCUUUAUCUUACGCAUCUUUGCUGGAUCAAAGUCUGAACAGCUUUCACAAUGGUUAGAUAUUGGCUGAUUCCGUCACUAUCCGAGAACGAGCAUUGUUACUCGUAUGAAAUGCUAAAUACAGUCGUGCCCAUGCUCGCAUAAGUUCUUGUUAGUAUUGGAAAUACUUCAACUAGACCAGUUUCCCGUCAGGAGUUUCUUCAAUAUUACAUAUUUUUUUCAAU